CACAGAUCAGUGGAUUUGGAUCCUUCUCUGCUGUCUGACAUCACCACAGAGAUCUUAGCAACUCCCCUCAGGCCUUUUUAAAUCACGAAACAGACGGAGAGGCAGACAAGCAGCAUGGCCUCAGGUCCCCCCCGCCCUGCCUACCAAGUACUUCUCCUUAGCAACAGUCAGCUGACCUGCAGUAGGUAUUCAGUGAAGCACACAUAUGCACACAGAUCACAGAGCUGCACGCCUCAGUCGCUCACGCUCACUCCUCCACCUGCCACUCAGGCUUCAUGGCUCUCACUAUUAACACGUCCACAGAGCAGAAAAAACUCACACAGACUCCUCUGCUCAAGAUCUGGGUGCCAUGGAUGGGCUGCAACUUGAACCGCAGGAGAGGAUCCUCUGUGCCUCAGUUCUGUAACUCUCCUACAAUGAUUGUGAUGGUGGGAUUGCCAGCCAGAGGGAAGACGUUCAUCUCUAAGAAGCUCACUCGCUACCUGAAUUGGAUCGGAGUGCCGACAAAAAUGUUUAACGUGGGCCAGUACCGCAGGGAGGCUGUCAAGAUCUAUAAGAACUUUGAGUUCUUUAAACCGGAUAAUGAAGAGGCCAUGAUGAUCCGCAAGGCCUGUGCAGCAGCCGCCCUCAAAGACGUAGCUGCCUACUUCACAAAAGAACAGGGACAAGUAGCUGUAUUUGAUGCUACCAACACCACCAAGGAGAGGAGGGCAAUCAUUAUUAAUUUUGCGAAGGAGAGGGGCUACAAAGUGUUCUUUGUUGAAUCAAUCUGUGAUGACCCAGGAAUCAUUGCAGAGAAUAUUAAGCAAGUAAAAUUUGGGAGCCCAGAUUAUGUGGAUCGUGACAUAGAUGAGGCCAUGGAAGACUUCCUGCAGCGCAUUGAGUGUUACAAGGCUAGCUACAUGCCUAUAGACGAUGACAAGGACAGGCAACUCUCCUACAUCAAGAUCUUCGAUGUGGGCAGUAGAUACCUUGUGAACCGGGUCCAGGACCACAUUCAAAGCAGGAUAGUCUACUAUCUGAUGAACAUCCAUGUUACACCGAGAUCAAUCUAUCUGAGCCGCCAUGGAGAGAGCGAACUCAACCUUUUAGGUCGCAUUGGUGGAGAUUCAGGCCUCUCCCCUAGAGGACAGAAGUAUGCCAAUGCCUUGGCGGCCUUCAUCAAAGGUCAGAAUAUCAGUGACCUGAAAGUGUGGACGAGCCACAUGAAGAGGACCAUCCAGACUGCAGAAUCUGUGGGAGUCCAGUAUGAACAGUGGAAGGCCCUCAACGAGAUAGACGCUGGCGUAUGUGAGGAGCUAACCUAUGAGGAGAUUCAGGAGAAUUUCCCAGAAGAAUUUGCACUGAGGGAUCAGGACAAGUAUCGUUAUCGUUACCCCAAGGGUGAGUCCUAUGAGGACCUUGUCCAUCGCCUAGAGCCCGUGAUCAUGGAGCUGGAAAGGCAGGAAAAUGUUCUGGUAGUCUGCCACCAAGCUGUAAUGCGCUGCCUGCUGGCCUACUUUCUAGACAAACCUGCAGAUGAGUUGCCUUAUCUUAGAUGCCCCCUCCACACAGUGCUCAAACUCACACCAAUAGCCUAUGGGUGUAAAGUUGAGCCAUUUUUCCUCAAUAUCGAAGCAGUCAACACCCACAGAGAGAGGCCAGUGAACGUCGACAUCAACAGAAACCCAGAGGAUGCUCUGCUGACUGUUCCUGAACACAUAUAAAUGCUGUUUUGUGAGCAAAGGACUACCUCAUGUGAAACUGGAUGUGUAGCUUCACUAAAUAUUAGAGAUGUUCUCCAGUUAAAUGUUGAUUGUGUGAAGACAGAAGACAGGGGGGCUUUGGAGCAGGAGAAGACAGGAUGGUAGAAAUGGGAGUACGCUCACCAGCCUAUACAUUACAUGAAAACACCACGACAGGAGCACACGGACUCCCCCUGCCGUGACUGAAAAGGUGUACCCGGAACAGGACACUCUGUUUUCAAAAUGCCUGAACUGACUAGAGUUUGCUUUUCUCAACAUAAUUGUCCCAUUGUUUACACAUUAUUUUGAAAAAAUGCACUAUGUAUUGAGGUUGAGAGGAAGACACUUAAAAGAUAUAGGGAGGUUGUCAUUUGUAACUUGGGCCUACAUGCACAUGUAACUGUUGUACAGAUAACAUAAUGUGAUGUUGAUAAUCUAAUUAUGAAGGUAGCAAUCAGCACCACGGACAGCACCAAACAACACAACACAUUGUGUUGAAUAAAAUAAUGUAAAUAAAGUAAAGUCUCAAACAUGG